AUGUCUUGGAAUAAGGAACUACUUGGUUGUAUCGCACAACUUGUUGGAUUGAUUGGAGGAUGUUGUUGGUGGAAUGGACAACACCGACCGCAGAUGAAAAUACUCUUUACUAAAAAACAAACAGCAUGUGAUCAUGUAGAAGAUCUUACUCGCAUCAUUGCUCAUACACCAUUCUACAAACAAACGAAAUCUGUACGUUCAAAUGAUGAAACAAUUUUAAUGGAUACAACAUUUAUGAUUUUAUUAAUAAUAGUCCAAACACAAAAUAUAAAUUGGCUUUUUCGUUCUAAUACAACAAUACGAGAUACAAUUAUAUCUGUAGCUGAGGCCGCACUAAAUGAUGAAGUUUGCCUGAGUGGAUAUUGUAUACUUGGUGAAGCUCUUGGAGAUGAUCUUCUGAAAGAUUUGAAAAUAGCUGAUAAUAUUAGUGAUUAUUUCUUCCAUUUGCUUCAAGAAGCAUGGAAUAAUUCAUUGAACAAAUAUAAACAAAUACCCAUUGAAUUACUACUGAAAGCUUUUCAAACUCUAUCAAAGAAUGAUUCAAUACAACAACGAACCGCCAGUUCAAAUAAAAUACCACUUUUCAUUGAAAUGUCUGAUCAAUAUCCAGUUGUAUAUGAUAUUAUAUGGGCACUUUCAUUCAAUCAAGAUAUUCAACAACAACUUCGCUCGAAUUCACUGUUCAUGUCUAAGCUAUCUCAUCUUGCUCAACAAGGUGGCAAUGAACAAAUGCGUAAAAUUACUCAUGGUAUUCUUUGGAAUCUUGAAAUCAAUCAUCAAGAUAGACCGAUAUCACAAAAUAUCAAUCAGGAUACUUUUGAUAUUAUGAUUAGUUAUUCACACAAAGAAAAAGUUCUUUGUAAACAACUUUAUGAUGAACUAACUAAAAGUGGUUAUCGUGUUUGGAUUGAUUUUGAUCAAAUGCAUGGAAAUGUCAUGGAUGCAAUGGCACAAGCUAUUGAUCAAUCAGAAAUUAUUAUCAUUUGUAUGAGUGAACAAUAUCGACAAAGUAAUUUUUGUCGAGCUGAAGCACAUUAUGCAUUUCAACGACAACGUCGAAUAGUUCCAGUUCUUAUGCAAAAACAUUAUAAACCAGAUGGAUGGUUAUUAUUUUUGAUUGGUCAAUUAUUAUAUGUUGAUUUUACAAAAUAUGAAUUUGUGCGAGCAAUGGAAAUGUUAUCAAAAGAACUAAAAGCUAUUCAUAUUCCUGAUAUCAAUAUAACACCAGUUCAACCAAAACAAGAUAUCCAUGUUGCGCCUUCAAAAGUUACUAUAACAUCGCCAAAAAUAUCUUCAUCGAAUAUUAUAGAAUGGACGUCGACACAAGUACAUGAUUGGCUUCUUGAGCACAAUCUUGUUCGAAUGUCUCGUCUUCUUAAUGAUAGUGAUGGUCGAAGUUUAGUCUAUCUACAUAAAUGCAUGGAUAUUAGUCAACCAGAACAAAUGUUGUCAUUACUUCAAGAAGAUUCCUUACGACUGAUAAAUCAAAAUAUAUCUCUUAUAGAAUUAUCUCGUUUUCACUCUAUGAUGCAUCAAGAAAAACGACUCAUCUAA